AUGAAGCUAGCAGUCUUUAGCGCCAAAUCCUACGAUCGCACCUAUCUAGAGCAAGUUCGCGACGCGCACUUCAAAGACCUCUGCAAAAUCGACUUCCACGCCUUCUCCCUAUCCGAAGAAACAGUGUCCCUCGCCCAAGGCUGCGACGCAAUCUGCGUCUUCGUAAACGACACUCUAGACAAGCCCGUCCUGCAAGCCCUACACGCCUACGGCGUCCGCGCAAUCCUCCUCCGCUGCGCAGGCUUCAAUCAUGUCCACCUCCCAACAGCAGAAGAACUAGGCCUCUUCGUCGCAAAUGUCCCGGCCUACUCACCCGAAGCCGUGGCGGAGUUCGCAGUCGCGUUGAUCCAGACGCUGAAUCGCAAGACGCAUCGCGCGUACAACCGUGUGCGAGAAGGUAAUUUUAAUAUCGAGGGGUUAUUGGGGAAUACGCUGUACGGCAAGACGGUUGGCAUCGUUGGUGUGGGGAGGAUUGGGAUGGCGGCUGCGAGGAUCUUUCAUGGGUUUGGAUGUCGGUUGUUGGCGUUUGAUCCGUUUGCCGGGGAUGAGUUCCGGCAGUUUGGAGAGCUUGUUGAGCUGGAUGUGUUGUUGGGGGAGAGUCAUAUUGUGAGCUUGCAUUGUCCGUUGACGGAGGGGACGAAGCAUCUCAUUAAUGAGGAGACGUUGGGGAAGAUUCGGCCGGGUGCGUUGCUGGUUAAUACGUCGAGGGGCGGGCUUAUUGAUACCGCUGCUGUGAUCCAGGCGCUGAAGACGAAGCAGCUUGGUGGGCUGGCGCUGGAUGUGUAUGAGGCUGAAGGCGAGCUUUUUUACAAUGAUCACUCUGGUGAGAUUAUUGAGGAUGAUGUGUUGAUGCGGUUGAUGACCUUUCACAAUGUUUUGAUUUGUGGGCAUCAGGGAUUCUUUACUCGGGAGGCUCUUGAGGAGAUUUCGGGUGUUACGCUUGGGAAUCUGUCUGACUUUGCGGCUGGCCGUUCGUGCAAGAACUCCUUGGUGACCGAGGGACAUGUUCUCGUCCGUCGGGACACGGAGCCAGUGAGACUGUGA